CAUAAAGUGAGAAAUUGUGAAAAGAGAAGGAAAAAAAAGGAGUUAUGGAGAGAAAGAAUUGUUGUUGACCCCAAUUUUUCGUGAUCAAACAAUUUACAAUAAUCCAUUUUCAUGCAUUCACACAGAUAAAUAAAAAAUUAGCACUCCAGAUUUGUGAUGUGGAGAAUCUACCAUGGAAACUGAAAGCUCAGAAAAAUUCUCGCAUGUUAAUCUUAUGUCACACAUCUGUCAUGUCUUUUCCGAUGCAUGGCUGCUUUUGGCAUCUCGUUGCAGUGAUUCUCAAGUGUGAGAUUUUUUAUUUUCCUGAUUUGUGUAAAUAGUAAAGUUGUGAUCCUGCAGCUGUAUACACUGAGUUACGUGAUAUCUGUAUCGGAAUUCAGUCGGACUAUGACGUUAAUUGACGUUUUGCCGACUAGGUCUUGCGUAGAAUUGGGGAUUUGAGUACUGCUUUCCCUGCAGAUCGUGGUGAUCGUUGUUUCAUUUGGCGAUUGCCGAUUUGCCAUGUGUUUUUGCUUCCUAAGUUCGUGAGAAUCAGUGAUUCAUGCAUGAUUAUAGACUAGGUGCGUGAAAGGGAAUUGUAGUUUGAUCGCAAUUUUUUGACGGUUUGAUUGUUCGGAGAAGUGUAAUUGCUUGGCUACAUUGUAGUAUUUGUAUAUGAUAUUCAAGUGUAAGUAAAUUUGUGUAUAGAAGUAGCGACAAAGUUAGUGUAUCAAGGGGUUGUUGGUGGCUGGUGAGAUGUCAUCUGCAUCUUCUACACAACCUCCUCUUCCUCCUGAUGAUCCUCAGGGUUCAUUACUGCCACCACUGAAGAGUUCCCCUCCCCCAAUCCCACCUCCUCCACCACUGCCCGAGCCACCACUCAUGGCUUCUCCGUCUUUAAGUCCACCACCAGUUAGCUCAGCACCGCCUCUAGUAUCACCUCCACCUCCUGUUACACCACCAGUUAGCUCUGCACCGCCUCCACCAGUAGAUGUUCAAUAUUCGCCUCCUCCUACUACUGAAUACCCUCCACCCCUGCCUCCAUCAUUAAACAGUCCCCCACCUCCUGCUGUGGAAUCACCAACACUCAUGCCCCCUAAUAGUUCACCACCACCAGAGCCCCCAGCAGGUUUGUCUCCACCACCCUCACCCUCACCACCUCCACCACCACCUCCACAAAGCUCACCACCCCCACCUCCACAAACAUCACCUCCACCACCACCUCCACAAAGCUCACCUCCACCACCUCCACAAAAAUCACCUCCACCACCUCCACGAAAAUCACCUCCACCACCUCCACUAAACUCACCUCCUCCACCUCCACAACAUUCACCACCAGUGUCACCACAUGCACCAUCAAUGCUAAAACAUCCACCUCCUCCCCCCUCUCGGUCACCACCAUCCCAUCCGAGCACCAAUAGUUCCAGUAAUACACCAACAUUUUCAGAGCAUCUUAGUGGUGAGGGCAUUAGUGUUGAGGCCAACUUGGUACUUUCUUUAGUAUUUGGUUUAUUAGGAUUUCUUCUCGUGGUUGGAUGCUGCUGUUGGAGAUGGCGAAAAAGAGGACGCAAUGGUGGUUACAUUGUGCCGACCUCUUCCCACAAAUCAGAUCCUGCAUUUUUGAAGUUCCAAAUGUCAAAACAUAGAAACAGAAGUGGCUCUAGCAUAGAUAUCAUAUGUUCACCCCUUCAGGAUCCUGGUGGCUUCAGCAGGUCUAGGACGUGGUUCAGCUAUGAAGAACUAGUCCAGGCAACAGAUGGAUUUUCAGCCCAAAAUCUCUUGGGUGAAGGCGGAUUUGGGUGUGUAUAUAAAGGAACCUUUGCGGAUGGUAGUGAUGUAGCGGUUAAGCAGUUAAAGAUUGGCGGAGGGCAGGGAGAGCGGGAGUUUAGGUCGGAAGUUGAGAUAAUAAGUCGUAUACACCACCGCCAUUUGGUGACACUUGUUGGUUAUUGCGUAAACGAAAACAGAAGGCUGCUUGUAUAUGAAUAUGUUCCUAAUAAUAAUCUCUAUUUCCACCUUCACGGUGAAGGUGUGCCUGUUCUGAAUUGGGCUGUACGUGUAAAGAUUGCUCUGGGCGCAGCUCGUGGAAUAGCUUACCUUCACGAAGAUUGCCAUCCUCGUAUCAUCCAUAGAGAUAUAAAGUCAUCUAACAUCCUUGUAGAUAGUAACUUUGAAGCUCGGGUUUCUGAUUUUGGAUUGGCUAGAUUAGCUUUGGAUACAAAUUCACAUGUUACCACACGUGUUAUGGGAACUUUUGGAUACAUGGCUCCUGAAUAUGCAUCUAGUGGCAAGUUGACUGAAAGGUCCGACGUAUAUUCAUUCGGAGUUGUGCUUUUAGAGUUAAUUACUGGACGCAAGCCUGUAGAUAAAUCUGGACCAUUAGAGGCUGAGAGCUUAGUUGAAUAUGCUCGGCCUUUGCUAUCUCAAGCAAUUGUGACACAAGACUUUGAGAAGUUGGCUGAUCCAAGGCUUGAAAAACAAUAUAUCGAGAGUGAGAUGUUUCGGAUGAUUGAAGCUGCAGCAGCAUGCGUGCGCCAUUCAUUUAUCAAAAGACCAAAGAUGGGACAGGUGGUGAGAGCAUUGGACACAAUGGCUACCACAGAUCUGACAAACGGAAUGAGAGUGGGGGAGAGCCAAGUAUUCAGCCCCAGAACGCAGUCUGCAGAAAUCCGACUGUUCCAGAGGAUGGCUUUUGGCCCUCAAGAUGAUAUUAGUAGCGAAUUCUUUGAGUAGUCACAGAAUGGCGCGCCAGACCUCACCCGUCCAAGCAUUGGGCGUGGACGGAAUGGAAAUGAUUGUUGGGGCUGUUCCAUUGCUUCUCGCCGUGCAUUUUGGUGAAAUGCACGAGUUAUUUGCAUGCACCAAUGUGUAUGUGUAAAUGGAAUAGAUGCUCGUUGCAUUAAAGCAUAGUGAUAUGGAGAAGGAAGAGUUUUGGCCUUUUUCCUUUUUUUGUGAUGAUGUUUAUUUACUGUAUAGAGAGAAUUGCCUUUUGUCUUUUCUUCUUAAACCUAUAUUUAUAAAGAGAAACUGUUUAUUUCA